AUGAGUCUGGAGGCCAAGGUUACUCCUAGUGCUUCCCUGAAUGUGUGGGGCAGUCUCGGGAUUGACAUAGGAUUCGCCUAUGGAGGAAUUAAACUGACAGGUUACAUCAUGCAGACCAAGUUUCCAGUGACUGGCAGUAUUAGGUUUUCGAAGUUCCCCCUGGAUGUGACGGCAAGGAUGGAUAUGGAGAUGGUGCCACUGACCCUUCAACUGUCCGCAUAUGCAAAACUCAGACUGAUAUUUGUAACUGUCACAGUAUAUAGAGGGAAUAUAUGGCACUAUUCAACACCUACAAUAAGAAAGAACAUCUUCACACAUCCAUACAAAGGCAGUGACUCCUCACCACCAACAUUUUCCAAAAACGCUGUUGGAACCAGAAACAGGAGAUCUGCUGAUUCUGGAGGUUGCGAAGUGAGGCAGCUUAAAGGACGGUCACCAUCCGACACUGCAUUUCUUCUGAAAGUUACGUCCUAUGAUGAUGUCAGCGAUGUCAAGAUGGAUUAUGGUAUAGGGACAUAUUCGGGUGGAACCAAUGUCGUUGACUGGACCGAAAUGGCUGGAAACACACUUACAAUGCCUGUACAACUCUCAUAUGGUAUACCCCUUUAUUGGACCUUGAGGGCAAGAAAUAGUGAGGGUGGCGAGGCGUUGACACAGUGCAUGUUGCACACAUAUGACAACACUCCUCCAGAUGGUAGGGUUGACGAAGAUUUCAGGAUAUCAAGUAAUCCAUUUGAACUUGGUGGCACAGUGGUAGUUUUGGAUGACAGUAUAGUCGAUCCUCAACAGGAAAUAGCUCUUGGAUUCGGCCCUGGAGCGCAGGGUUAUGAGGUCAUAUCUUGGGGGCCAGUAUCUCUCGAGAAAACAACCAUGAGGUCAGAGGAAACAACGGAUCUAAAAUAUUUCUCUCUGCCGAACACUGGAAGUUUGACUGCCAAACCACUAAAGAGUCUGACGACAGGAUUUGAUUAUGAAUGUGCGAAACAGUGCAUUAGUUUUGGCCAGAAUUGUGUGUCAUUUGACUUUGAAUACAAUUUGCAAACCUGUGACCUUCAUUCUGUCAGUGAAGGACCCAGUGCAGCACUCCGGCUAAAUGGCAACUAUAAAUCCUUUGAGAGACUCGGCGUAGGUCAGAAUCAUUAUAAGGUCUUCAAAAAUCUUAACCUCACACACAAGGAGACAUAUUUCAUGAACACCCACGUUACAAAUGAGCUUGGGUAUGAGAGCCAUCUGUCCUCUCAUGGAACGCUCAUAGAUCUGACACCUCCCAGUCCUGGACCUGUUGGUAACACCACGAGGGAUGAAACCACAUUCGAUAACUGCACAGCAUCCAUCCUCCAACGUUGUAAGGCACUCUCAAAACUUCCUAAUCACAGGAAAAUAGUCGAUGGAGCUGAUGGUGAUACUGUCUUCAAUGGCAACAAGCGUCUGUUUGAUGAAAAGUACACCCUCUCUAAUAAUCUUAUCGGAGGGAACUGGCAUGGCUUUCAUGACAACGAGACUGGCAUCUAUGGUUACACUUGGGCUGCUGGUACAUCUGUAUGUUCAAACGAUGUGGUGGACUACAACGACCCUCAUGCUGGAAUACCAAGCAGGGAUGAGUGGACCUACAGCGGCUUGACCUCAGGCCUUCAUCUCUCUGAUGGGCCCCAUUACGUCACAGUUCAAGCUGUCAACAACAUCAUACAUGGCGGGGCUCUUGUCACGACAGUGUGCCACUCAACACCCAUCAUAGUCGACACGACACCGCCCAUCUUCAAUGGCAUUAAUGAAGUAUUCUUUGAUGGCGAUUUUGAGCUACUUGGACUGUACUACAAUGGAUCUGAUCCUCUAUCAAAAAUUGCCCAUGUUCACGUUGGGCUUGGAUUAACACAGAAUGAUGUCAGCCUGCGACCCUAUGAAGAAUAUAAAAGCUAUGCUAACCCAAAAGAAUAUGUGUUAGUGGAAGAUUGUGUCCUGAAACCUGGAGUUGCUACCUGGCCAAGAAUCCGACUUACCAACAACGUGGGGCUUUCUACAAGUGGUCAUGCCAAUGAACCCCUCGUUGUUGACAACACGCCUCCAGUAGCGGGCCUAAUCAGAGAUGGGGGAAUGGUCAGCAUAGAUAUGGACUACCAGGCAAAGGCGAAUACUAUUUGUGCACAGUGGGAAAAUUUCUACGACCCGGAGUCAGGAAUUAAGGAGCAACUGCUGAUAUGCUGUAACAGAUGUGAACUUAUAUUUGAGUUCAGGUACAUGUGGGGCGUUGGUACCAAGCCUGGCACAGACAACAUUGUCAAGUUCAAAGUGGAGGACCGGAUAAUCCAUGAUGACUGCACCAAUGUCUCUCUGACUCAUAACACGACAUAUUACUCCACCAUCAUCGCAUUUAAUGGGGCCUUGAACAUGAUGAGAGUCAACUCUACUUCUAAUGGAGUCCUGGUGGAUACCACGGACCCAGUAAAAGGCUGGAUCACAGAUGGAGACAAUAAAACACAGGAUGUCACUUACACCUCAGAACAAGCUCUGAUUCAGGCUGUUUGGGGAGGCUUCUCUGAUGCUGAGAGUGGGAUUGUAAAGUAUGAAGUGGACAUAUAUACCAACAAUCAACAUAGGAAAACAAACAUCAUCUUGCCUAAUCAGAAUGGCCAGUUGAACUACUUGAACGAGAAAACGCUGGAACUAAAGCAAGGCGAUGUUGUAUAUACAAAAGUCAGGGUCUUCAAUGGAGCAGGGAGGAAUGUGGAAGCCUCAACCAAUGGCUUCACAGUGGAUCUGACACCGCCAGUUGCAUACUUUGUUCACGACCAUGAUGGGCAACAAGCGUUCCAGUUAGAUAACACAGGACUUCAUCUAUCAUGGAAGUUUGAGGACGCUGAAUCUGGCAUCGAGAAGUAUAUGAUAUCAGUUUCUGAGGACUUAAAUGGCAUCAUGAGGAGAAUAUGGCCCUCGCCAUAUGAUUCCCAGAAGACAAAGGACGUACCAGCCACAACGAUGUCCUACCAUGUACCUGUUCCUCUUCAGGAUGGUAAACGCUACGUUGCCAGAGUUAUAGCUGUCAAUAAAGCCAAGCUGUCCAAAACAGUUGAUUCUCCUGGCAUUACAAUAGACUCAACUCCACCAAAGAUAAAACAGAUUCACCUUGGACCAAUGAAAGAAGAUGAGGAAAUUGAGAAUCAAGCCCUCAUCCACACAGAUCAUUCCAAAAUGACAAUCUCCUGGAGAGCGGUUGAUCCUGAGAGUGGUAUAAGUCAAGUUUAUGUUGCUGUGGGAACCUCCAAACAUGAUCAGUCCAUAACCAAAGGGUUCCUCACUUUCACACAGACAAGUGAAGUGACACUGAAACAUCUAAACCUUAUUGAUUUUCAAACAGGUGGAAACUAUUACUACUUCCAGAUUAAAGUCAAGAACGGUGCAGGUGUAGAAUCCCCAGUAAGCGUUUCAAUGCGUAUAAAUGUCCUACCUGGAAAUGUCCCAGGGGUGAUAUAUGAUGGAAGGAAACGUUUCAUUGAUGCAGACUACCUGCAUGAUAAAUCAACCUUUGCGAUGUCAUUUGCUGGUUUCAAAAGUAUUGCCUGUGGUAUUGUUGCCUAUGAGUGGGGCAUUGGGACUGAGCCUUAUGUGACAGAUAUUGUGCCAUUCACUGGCUUUGGCAUUGUCAAGACGAAUGAAUCAUCAGGCUUUGGACAAAUUGACAUCCAACUCUUUGAAGGUGUUAAGUACUUCACAACAGUUCGAGCAAGAACUGGACACAGUUGUCAUGAAGAACACAUAGUUUCAACAUCUGAUGGUAUCAUGGUGGACACAGAGGGACCUAUAAUCAAGGCGUCCAACAGAAAAGGACAUACAAUCCCAGAUGUUAAGUCCUGGGGAGUUGUGUUCCAGACUGACACCGACAUAGUUGAAGUCAUUCCUGAUAUCACUGAUCCCUCUGGAGUGAAUGUAAGCCAUGUAUGCUUAGGUUCCUACCCAUAUGAGGAUGACAUCCAAAAAUGCAGUAUUCAGAAUGAAAAGAGCGUCAAGGGACUACAUCUGCAGCCAGGAUCAUCAGUAUUCAUAACAAUCGAAGCCAAAGACAAUGCUGACAACAGUGCUGCAUGGGAGUCUGUUGCCUUGAUUCCUGAUUCCACUCCACCCGAACUGGUUAACUUCACAUGUACAAAGGAAAUUUCCAGCAUGAGGACUGGAAUAGCUUGUGUUUGGGAUGAAGCAAGGGAACAUGAGAGUCACAUAGAAUACAUCAGUAUCUGCCUUGGUGUGGCUGAUAAUCCAUGUUCACUGUCUUCUUUUGAAAACAUAACGCUCCAAAAGAGAUCAUGGAAAACUGACAUCUUUAGAGUCAUCGACGGAAUUCAUGAUGAUAAUAUUUUUGUCACAGCGCACCUUGAAAAUGUCAUGAAAAAGAGGACCGUAUUGACCAGGGAGGUCUUCAUUGACACUACAGUUCCUACGGCUGGUAAUGUCUUGAUUGUUACUGAUGACAUGCUACACAUAAAUAGGACAGUGUCAAGUAUGCAGUGUCAAGUUCCAAACUCAUUUGUUGAAGUCAUGAUCAUGGGAUUUAAAGAUGAGGAAACAGGCAUUGUCAGAUGUGAAGUUGGUCUUGGUCGACAGCCUGGGUCAACAGAUAUUCAUGGAAUGAUGGAAGCUUUGCAAGGAACCAUUAUUUUCAUUGGAGGACUGUCUCUACAAAAAGAAGAUAAAGUUUUUGCCACUGCAAAAUGUUCGAAUAGGGCUGGUCUCUCAGCAUCUGCAACAUCUCAAGCAAUAGUAAUAAGCCCAUUCCCACACCUAGCAGUAACAGAUGAAACUUUCCAGGCAGAUCUAACCACGAUAGAAGGCCACUGGCAUUACACAAGUGGUUGUCCUGUGGUUAAGGCUGAGUGGCAGAUUAUGACAAUCAGCUGGACUGUAUUCCAAGACUUCAUACCAAUACCAGCAUCUCAUGGCACUUUCUACAAUGACGAACUCCAUCUCACAGCAGGAUUUACUUACAUCAACGUGAUUCGUGUAACCGAUGCCAUAGGAAGAAUUCACGUCGGAUAUUCAAAUGGUGUGACUGUUCUCGUAGAGCCACCACACCCAGGGGCCGUCAGGGAUGGGGUGGAUAAAGAUACAGAUUACCAGACGUCUACAGUUGAACUGUCAGCCAACUGGGAUGCGUUUGGUAAACCAGAUAGUAAAGAUGCCACACAGCAGAUCGAUCGAUAUGAAGUUGCAAUAGGUGACGAUGUCAAGGACCCAGCCUCGCGCUACAACGUCCAUUUCUUUGAAACUGCCCACCUCCAUACUUCGUACACAUUCAGAAAUCUGAAACUGAAAGCUAAGUUGACAUAUUACGUAACAGUACGUGCAUACAGCAAGGCUGGGAGUUUUGAAGAAGCAUACUCAGAUGGAAUUAAGGUUGGAUUUGAUUUGGACAUAUCCCCUGGGAGCAUUGACUUAAGCAAGUUCAGUGAUAGUGGUAAUGAUCUAAAGGUCUCAUGGACUGGAUUCUACUCAGAUAUUGGACUCACAGAAUACACUGUUGGAGUCAGCAAGGAUAGUAUUACCCUUCCGGUUAAUACUACUAAUUGUAAGUCACUGUUGUCAGCUAUUUCUCACUAUCAUGUAACGUUUACAUCUACUACUGGAUAUGACACUGUGGUCCAUUUGAAAAAUCUUACACUUCAACAAGGUCACUCUUAUUAUGUGACAGUCAUUGCUCAUGACACGGUUGAUUCAUGCAUUGGGGUGUCUGAAGGUCCUGUGACCAUUGAUACAACUCCACCUACACAAGGUCACAUUUCUGUAAGAGGAGGUCAGAUGUCACGGGUUGUGUACAUCAGCAGCAGAGACGAGAUUACCCUUCACUGGAAUGGCUUUGAUGACAGCGAAAGUGGUAUUCAAAGAUACCACUUACAGCUCUACUCAGAACAGCCUUGUAUGCACCAACACAAGAAACUGGUGAAAGUAAUGGAUGUCUACAAUAACACGCAUAUUACUCUGUACAGUUUGAAUCUAACUGUUUCCCUGAUGUAUACGUUCACAAUAUCUGCCAUCAAUGGAGCUGGUCUGAAUACUACAGCUGCAACACUGCCUAUCCUCAUCGAUGUCUCAAGGCCGCAAGCAGGAACUGUGAAAGUUGGUAGAGACUGGCACACAUCAAGAACCUUCCAAAAUGAACAUGAUAUUGUUGUUGUUCAAACAGCACUCGCAAGAAACAAGAAAGCUUCAGAAUGCAAACGGAGUAAGGAAAUAUUCCCCAAAUCUGUAAGUAAAGAACACUGGCAAACCCUUGUCAGGUCGGACAUAUCUCCUUCUUCUGCUCUUAUUGAUCAGUUUGCAAGAGUUGCCCUCACGUAUGAUGAGAACUUGCAAGAUAUCAUACGUGGUGGUGUUUUCCUUAAUCUUGAGGACUCUCUGUCGGAGGGAAACUAUACAUUCAUGUUAGUAAGUGCCAAGGGACAGAACAUCAUCACCUCCAUACACAUGGAUUUCUCUGACAUUACAACAUAUCAAACCCCAGUUCUGAUGGAAAUACCAAAAUUUGAUGAUAACGAUAUGCCUGAAGAAACCAAUGCAACUUCCAAUGAAACUGAAGAAAUAGUUCAAUGCCUCUCAUCACCAGGAGUUGCAGUCUUCUUCUAUGGCUAUGAUGAUGAUACCCAUGCUUGGAAAGGACGAAUCUGUUUAAGAGAUGAUACUAAAGAAACAGAAUCAUGGUUUGACUUACCUGAAGAUCCGUCAGACUAUGUUUAUGAAAUCUGCCUCGGAUUCAAGAAGGAUUAUGACAAUGUGAAAAUCACAUGGCGGACAACCCUUUUCUUUGAAGGUCAUCGCAUAGCAGAUAUUGCGGGAUUUGCAUUUUCUGGAAAACCAAGCAUCAUCUACCGUGUACAUAAUCUGAAUGAUUACAAACCUCCAGUACGGGAUCCUCUUCAUCCAUUCUUUUCUCAAGCUCUGAUAAGUUACGUUUCUGUACCUGAUACAGCUGAUAAAGAAUGUUUACAUGGCAAACCGUUCUUUGAUGGAGAAAGCGGAAUAAAAGAAUUAUGGAUGGGAGUUGGAACAAAUGAAUCUUUUGUAGACAAUGUGGUCCCAUUUAAGCUUGAAUCAACAUUUUGUCUACCUUGUAAUGAUAGAUGUAUGGAAGUAUGUGAUCCCAAUUGCUCUGUUUCAAAUCUUGACAAACUGUCUGUUCUGUCACUUGAACUGCAACAUCUCGCCCUAGAACACAGUGAAAAGUUAUCUGGGAACACAAAUACUAACUCUUCAAAGCUGAUGGAGUACAACGCUCCGACAUACUUUGUCAGUGUUAAGGCUGUGAACUUUGCAGAUCAAUCAACGGUUGUGAUGUCAAAUGCUUUCCAAGUUGACAUCACGCCACCAAAAUUCCAGUACAUGAUGUGUGUUGAUCCUCAACACUCUCUGGACGAACCGAUUGACUUCAUAGGCUCUAAUAACAGUGUUGGGGCGUUCUGGGAGUGCAGUGAAGAUGUCAGUGAGAUAGCUGAAUACACACUUCAGAUUGGCAGAACAAAAGGAGGUCACGAUGUUUUGAAUGCAACCUCUGUUGGGUUAAAGAGAAAGGUUGGUUUGACACUGGAGCAUGCGACCAUGGACGAUGGCAAAACCUACUAUGUCACUGUGACAGCUAUAAAUUCAGCAGGAUUAUCUACCAAGAUGGGAUGCAAUGUGACGGUAAUGAUGGGGGCACCUGCUGUUUCUAGUGUCUACACACAAAGUCUCUUCACCUCAGGGUACACAAUGCAUGCUGUGGCACUGACACCAUCACAACACAGAAUCGGUAUCCAUGUACAUGCUGGAUCUGGCACCCUUUACUAUGAAUGGACUAUUGGCACUGUCCCCGCAACUGAUGACGUCUUCCCAAUCAUCAAAGUGGCACCGCCAGCAGAUUCUAAAAUAUCUAUUGAACAAGGACAUCUGUUGAUCGAUGGAAAAAAUACAAACAUAUCUCUAAGUGACUACAAUACUAACGACACAGAUAGCAAUACCUCCAAAGCAGAUGGGUCCUUCCUGAUGCUGGAGCCAGGCAGGUGCUACUAUCACAGUCUUCAUGCUGUGGGGCGUUCCCAUGUUGCGGUUGCUGUACCCACCCUACCAGUCUGCGUAAAACGAAAUGCUGAUACUCUGGUAGAAUUUGAUGAGAAGAAUAUCGUUAAAAAAACACUGGUCAUUAAAACAUUGGGCAAUCACAAUGAGACCCUGACCCUGUCCUUUAAAGGCUACAAUGGAAGUCUCCUGAUUGGUGCCUUAAACACAACCGACCUCUCGAAGAUCUAUGGAAGUGCAGCAUCAGCUGAAUAUGUCCCUUACAUUCAUGAUCCGGAAGAGUCUUUGCAAUCUACAACAAGACUUUUAUAUGGGAGACUGAUAAAGCCAGUUGGACUGUCAUUCUAUAUGACGCCAGCCAAUGAGGCGUUGGUGGAAACGGUGCUGAACAUAAGCGCUCAUGGAAUUACUCCUACAGAUGACAACAAGUUCAUUUCACUGUUGUCAUGGAAUAAAGGUAUGCAAAGGUGGCAGUUCACUGACCGUUGUUCAAAGACACUACCAACCAAUAUUGCGAAUGGAAAGCUCUGCCUUAAUGGUUACAGUCAAGUCAUACAAGGAACCAAAUAUAUUAGAUUGAAAGAACCCCUUCUGCUGAGUCUGUUUGAAAUCGACAAAACAAUUCACAAUACACCACCAGUAGUCAUGACGAAGGCCAUAUCAGCUAUUGAAGACCAGCAACUGAUAGAAUAUAUUGAGGUCACAGACAAAGAGGGUGAUCUUAUUUCCUUUUCCAUCAAGAGCCAAGUGAAACAUGGGAAUGCAUCUAUUACCACUGAUGGCUACCUAAUGUAUACCCCAGAACAAAACUAUUGUGGAGACGACUCAGUUACAAUAGAAGCAAAAGAACAGACUAUUGCCCAGCCGCACAAUGCACUCCAGGUUAUUCACAUCCAGGUCACCUGUCGGGACGACCCACCAGAGCUGAGCUUCGUCACUGUUAAUAAUGACAUUUCUGAUGCAGAAACUAUCGAUAUUGAAGUCUUGUCGUCUGCAAAAAUCGCCUCCAGAACUCUCCUUGGGACCUUUGUUCUCGUUGAUCCUGACAUGGUUAAACUUGACCUUGUGUAUGAUUCCAAAGUGGCAAAGGAGAUCAACCUUGAGCUGAAAGAAUUGGCCAAGCCCAGUGACCAUAAAGCGGGGACUGAGUUAAAGUAUAACGUGACGAUCGUGAAUUCUCCAAAUGCACAACACACGAAAACCAUCAACUUCCGAGCUAAAUACAACAUGGUUUACAGUAAUAUGAUAUCCUUAAACAUAUCUGUUGUGAACAGUUCAUGUCAAGGCUCAGGAUGUCAUGUAAUCAAAACACAGACUCCAAAAGAUGACAAAGAUGCUUCUGCAGAUGAAGAGUUCAAGGGCCACCAUGACCACGACACGAUGUUUGCCCCUCCAGAGCAGUUGUUCAGAAACGACUUCCUUGGUGAAGGAUCUAUCAACGCCUCAGGCUUGGAGGGGAGGAGAAUAUCUCUCAGUAGAGAGGGGAUCUUCUCUCUUACUUUGCAAAAUGCUGAGGCCACUGAAGAGUACAUGAUCUUGACAGCAGCAGGGAAAUUACAUAUUUCUGCAAGUGAACCGAUGACUGCUUUUGAACAGAAAAAAUUGCUAUCUGACAGGCGAUACAGAGGGAGGUUGGUGGAACAACUCGGCCAACCUAUAUCUAUCAGUGUUAAACCGCAAGACCUCAAAGGAAUGCAUGUUGACAUUAAAGUGAAAUCAGUUCACGACAACAACACAAGCAUCAAACUGUUUUAUAAUGACAGCCAUGGGGCAUGGCACGAGUUGCCGGAUAUUUGUAACAAAACUAAGACACUUGUAAUGAGUGAUGACCAGCACAUCGUACCUAUAUGUCCAGAUCUAUUAAGGAAAAUGACUCUUACCCAAAGCAACCGUGGUGACCUGUCGCCAAAAUUGGUUAUGGUCGCAAUGAAAAAUAAUCCAGUGAACACCCCACCCUUUUUAGAGGAUGAGGUGAUUUACACUCAGGAGGGUCAUACGCUUAACCACCAGAUCAAGGCAAAAGAUGCUGAAGGCGAUAAAUUUACAUUCCAUCUGGGUGAUACCAAACUUACACAUGGCACUGCUCACCUAGUUGCUACAGGCGCCCUGCAAUAUACACCAGGGCCCCACUUUAGUGGAGUUGAUCACAUUGAGGUUGAGCUUGUGGAAGUCGGUGUAAAAGGGUUCACGCCAAAUUCUCAGAAAUAUACACUCACCAUCAUUGUGACAUCGGUGAACGACCCGCCUAUCCUCUACUACCUUCCCCCAGACAGCGAUAUGUUCCGUGUAGAGAAUAAUGACCACGUGGAACUCGACAUUACAAGACCAAUGCCGUACCAGACAGCAGUUGUUGAUCUCGGCUACGUCGUCGCAGCUUCCUGGAAUGCGGCUGACGACAUAGGAUUCGAGCUGAUGCCCCUCAAUACAUCACUUCAUUUCUUUGAUGCUAAACCAGCGGCGUUACCAGAUUCGACUUGGAGCACUAAAUUCGCUGAAAUCAGAGAAAUUCCACAGAAGAAGGUCUCCAAAAUCACCAUGCACUUCCUGUCAGAGUUCAAAGGUACCCUGAUGUACAAGGUCAAGGUCAAGGACAAGACUACAGGAGUUGUUGAAGUGGUUCUGAAUACCAGGGUUUCUUACAAAUUCUGUCAGCAUGAAACUGUUUGCGUUGAUCAUGUCAGCGCCAAGAAACUGCCCGCCUUGGACAAAGAACGCCAUGCCUAGAGUACAUAUGCUUAUGGCUACAAUUUCCAUGUAAACGUUAAUUGUAAGAGUAUCUGUACACUUAACGCGGAACUUUUAUGUGAUGAUAUUUGUAAUACUGAAAUGAUUUCAAGAUUGAUGUGCAAGAUGUAUUGUGUGAUACUGAUCACUCCAAGGCUUAGAGCGUUACGGAAUUCGUGCAUGUGCUAACAUGUUACAUUUUGUAUGCGCUUUUUUAUGAAGAGUGAUAUGUAUUCAAAUAUCGAAGUGCAACUAUUUUGCAAGGAAGAUGAUGAAUGAACAGAUGUAAAUGUCAAUUAGUAUACAGACUGGAGGUAAAUCAAUAAUGCGAAUAAAAGCUUUGUC